AAAUGAGCUUUGCGAGGAAAAUGAACACCAAACAGAAUUCGGCAAGAAGGAAUACUUUGAAGAAGAUACAGAGGAGUAGAAUGGAGGACACAAAUCUGUCGUUUUCUGAACGUUCUGAAGAGGUUCAGACGUAUUUUAAGCAGAAUAAGAUUUCUAAGUUGCAAGAUAUCGCUUUUCCACCUCUUAUUGGCAGGCCUACGUUUAAUUCUACAAAGCGUAAUAAGCCAGUUUUUAGUAUUUCUAAGACAAAUUAAGGAAAUAAAAACAUAUGAUAAUGAACUCUGUGUAUUGGAGAACUUUGGAAAGCAUUCUCCAGAUGUGGGCACUUACAACAUUAUUAAUUCACCAUCAGGGCCAGAAUACUCUGUUUCUAAGAGCAUUAAAUUCCAAGAACCAAAACACCGUACUGAUCUAUCUUCCAACUUACCAAUUUCCUACCUAAAGGACCAAAAUUUUAGAGAAAAACGGCCUCAAAAUUACUCAAUUUCAACUUUUCCAAAGCAAAACCGGUUCAUCGAGCGUGAGUUAGCCCAAAAAGCCCAUCUUGCCUCUUCCACAUCUCCUGCUACAUACUGGGCCUGGCUUCUAGAAGAAAAUCUUAAAUAAUGUUUUGUUCGGGAUUUUGUGCUGGAAGGGUAUAACUUACAGGACCACAAUUCGAUAAAUAAGAAGACGAAGUUGAAUAUUUUGCAUAAAUUUAGGAAGAAUAGGCUGGUUAGGGACUCUAAGUCGCAUUCGAGGUUUGAGGAUAAGACUUAUUUUCCGGAGAAAGAGAGAUUUUUGAAGGGAAAUACCUCUGUUUCGCCUGAUAAAUACAACCCUCUUCCAGCACUCAAGGCUUCUAAAGUGAGACGAGUUUACCAUGCUAUGUUUACUUCCCAAGAUAGAGGACUUGACAACCUAAAGAAGAUAGAUGAUAAAGACUCAGAUAACUCAAAAAGCUUCGUUGACAACUUCAGUAUCCCAAAUGUGAAAUCAGAGGCUGAUAUCAAAUACAGCUCUGUGCCCAAAGGCGCUCCUAUUGGGUUAGGCAAGCGAGUACUUGAGUUUAAAGUUCCUACUUUUUACUAAAAUUGUGUAGAGAUAGUUCAAAUUCACUGGCUAAAUGGGAUCUCUCUUGUUUCGUUAAAAUUUCACUAAAUUUUAGUCUAUUUUUACAAAUUGAGAAAGGUACUCUACCUUUGUAUGGGUAGUGGAGAUGGAGAUGAUAAUAUCUCAAUAUUUCACUGAAGUUAUCACUGAGAUUUAUGAAUCGUGAGAGAAAUAACGGGCUAAAGAGAAUUGCUAAUUAGUCAUUGGCA